AUGACAGGCUCACUGAAAGUUGAGCUCAAACAUCAGAACGAAAACAACUCCAAGUCAAGCCCCGGCUUGGAAAUAAGUGAGAUGGCUGAUUCUGAGACCGGGGAAGUUUUCAGAGACCAAGAUGGUGGGAAUGAGACUGCCUUGGAGAAGAACUUCGAUAUUUGGGGUGUGGUAGGGAUUGUCUACUCAUCAAUCGGUACACCGCUUGCUCUUGGAACAUAUCUCAGCACUGUCAUAGGCGUUGGAGGAGCUCCGUUUUUCUUCUACACAUACUUGUUUGCAGGGUUUUUUUGUUUGCUCACGGCCUACUCCAUGUCGGAAUUUGCUUCAGUCCAUCCACACUCUUCUGCCUUGGUUUACUGGACUCAUUUAUAUGCGCCUCAAAACUAUGCUAGACCUCUUGCAUAUCUAAGUGGUAUUCUAUCAUGUGCUUGCUGGAUAUUUGGAAUGACCGCCACUGGUUUCUUUGUUGCUGACCUUGUUUUGGGGCUGGUAUAUAUGCAUCAUCCCGAUUACGUGAGCCAGACCUAUCACUACUACUUGAUUUUUUUGGCCAGUGUGGUGUUUGCAGCCGGAUUUAACAUAUUUGGUACGAGACUCAUUCCUUUGUUAUCCCGAGUUGUUACCUAUGUUAUCAAUCUUGGAACACUCUUCACUCUUGUUGCACUAUUGGCAAGAGCACACCCAAAGAGAACCGCUGCUUUUGCUUUCAAGGAUGUCACCAACACGACAGGGUGGAGUUCAAACGGGGUUGUGUUUUUCAUCAGUAUGUUGCCCACCACAGCUACUGUUACACUUUUUGAUGGAGCAUGUCACAUGACAGACGAGAUUCCAAACCCAAAGAAAAACAUUCCAAUUGUGAUUGCAUAUGGUUAUACGGGUGCGUAUCUCAUUGGAUUUGUUUCAGUUUUGGUUUACAACUUCUGUAUCGUGAAUCCAGAUAAUCUGCUUGAUCCUGUUGGUGGGAUUCCCCUUUUCCAGCUUUAUGUGGAUUCUUUGCACAAUGAUGGAUUAGCGACAGUAUCUGCGUUGAUAAUCAUUGUGGCUUUUCUUCUCGCGAGUGUUGGGCUUCUAACCUCUACCAGCCGUCUCGUCAUGUCCUUUGCAGAUUUCAAUGCUUUACCUUUUGGAAAGGCUAUCGGAUCAGUGAAUACCAAACUUAAUGCACCUGUAUGGGCAAUCAUGUUUGUUGCGGUCUUGACUUGUUUAAUAGGGCUUCUCAUUUUUGCAUCCAGCACAGCAUUGAAUGCUGUUUCGGGAAGCUUUGUUUCCACAAUGUAUGUGGCAUAUCUCAUUCCAUUUGUCGCUUUAGUUCUCAAGAAAGACAGAUACGGAAAAGGUGUGAAACCUUUAUUCAAUCUUGGAAGAUGGGGAAAACCAAUGAACAUUAUAUGUAUUGUUUGGUUUUUGUUUGCGUCAGCCUGGUUGUGUGUUCCAUCCUACGUGCCAGUCACAGCUAACACUAUGAACUACACCGUUGCUGUUUUGGGUGCUACUGCCUUUGUUGCCUUUGCGAACUGGUUUGCUUAUGCACGGAAGCACUUUUCGAUUGGUAUUAUCAAGGAGAUUGAGAGCGAGGAAGAAAUCGAGGAAGAAAUCGUGGAAGAAAUCGUGGAAGAAGUUCACGCAAAGGCCCAAUAG